GCUGUUCUAUUUAAUUUUCCUCUUAGUGUCUCCCCGUCUCAACCAGAAGGUGAUAGAAUUUGGCACCUGAACACCCAUUUUCUCUUAGAUUGUAUUUGCCUUAUCCCGCUGACGACCAGAACUUUUCCGAGAUGGAGAGCAUCAAAUCUCCAUUUCGAGGAAUAGUGGCGGAUUUCCGAGGUCGAGCGUCGUGCUACAAGGAAGAUUGGAUCUCAGGUCUUCAUUCAGGAUUCGGGAUUUUGGCCCCAACAACAUAUAUUUUCUUUGCCUCCGCACUCCCAGUUAUUGCCUUUGGUGAGCAGCUCAGUAGAGAUACAGAUGGAAGCUUGAGCGCUGUUGAAACAUUGGCAUCGACCGCCAUUUGUGGCAUCAUACACUCCUCGUUCGGUGGACAGCCUCUUCUAAUACUUGGAGUUGCAGAGCCCACCAUUAUCAUGUACACUUAUCUUUACAACUUUGCCAAAGGAAGGAAGGAUUUGGGCCACGAACUAUACUUGGCUUGGGCUGGAUGGGUGUGCGUAUGGACUGCUCUGUUGCUGUUUCUGCUAGCAAUAUUCAACGCCUGCGACAUAAUCAACCGAUUCACAAGAGUUGCAGGAGAGCUUUUCGGGAUGUUAAUUACUGUUCUCUUCAUUCAAGAGGCCAUCAAGGGAGUUGUGAGUGAGUUCAGAGUCCCUGAAGGCGAAGACAUAAGCUUGGAGAAAGAUCAAUUCCAGAGGUUUUACAUGAACGGGCUGUUGGGGAUAAUAUUCACCUUCGGCCUUCUCUACACUGCUUUGAAGAGCAGGAAGGCAAGAUCUUGGUUAUAUGGAACAGGAAGCCUCAGAAGCUUCAUUGCUGAUUACGGGGUACCGCUAAUGGUAAUAGCUUGGACAGCACUUUCCUUUAGUGUGCCAAGUAAAGUUGCUUCCGCUGUUCCACGGAGGUUGUUUAGCCCGUUACCAUGGGAAUCCGCUUCUACACAUCACUGGACUGUGAUUGUGGAUAUGUGGAGGGUACCGCCUGCAUACGUCUUUGCAGCUUUUGUUCCUGCUUUAAUGAUCGCCGGGCUCUACUUCUUCGACCACAGUGUGGCUUCACAGCUAGCACAGCAGAAGGACUUCAAUCUGAAGAAGCCGUCUGCAUAUCACUACGAUAUCUUAAUUCUCGGAUUCAUGACUUUGCUUUGCGGGUUAAUCGGGUUGCCUCCAUCCAACGGGGUCCUCCCACAGUCUCCGAUGCACACGAAGAGCCUUGCAGUUUUGAAGAAGCAGUUGAUUCGAAGGAAGAUGGUAGAGAGUGUGAAGGAGAGUAUUAAGCAAAAUGCCAGCAACUCAGAGAUAUACGGCAAAAUGCAAGCUGUUUUCAUAGAAAUUGAAAACACUCCUGUUACUUCGUCAGUAUUUCAAGAGCUAGAAGAUUUGAAAGAGGCAGUUAUGCAACCUAAAAAGGACCAAGACAAAGAAGUAACAUUUGAUCCCAAGAAGCACCUAGAUGCCUGCUUGCCAGUGCGAGUGAACGAGCAAAGAGUGAGCAAUCUCCUACAAUCACUUCUAGUAGCAGCAUCGGUACUUGCUAUGCCCGCAAUUAAGCUCAUUCCGACAUCGGUGCUCUGGGGAUAUUUCGCUUAUAUGGCAAUCGACAGUCUCCCCGGAAACCAGUUCUGGGAGCGUCUGCUCCUUCUCUUCAUCGUGCCAGCUCGUCGCUACAAGGUGCUCGAGCAAGUGCACGCCUCGUUUGUCGAGUCGGUUCCUUUAAAGUGCAUAGCGGCAUUCACGCUAUUCCAGUUUGUGUACUUGCUCCUUUGCUUCGGAAUUACAUGGAUACCAAUUGCGGGAGUCCUAUUCCCCCUCCCAUUCUUCAUCCUCAUAAGCAUAAGACAGCAUAUACUGCCCAAGUUUUUCUCUCCCCACCAUCUUCGGGAAUUGGAUGCUGCCGAGUACGAAGAGAUAGCUUGGACCCCAAGAAUCUCCCUCAGCCUAUCUCGUCGAGUAUGCGCAAACAUGCUGAACGAGGCGCCUCACUUGGGAAGUACGGAAAGCAGGAUUGAAGUUUGUGACGCCGAGACCUUGGAUGAGCUUACGACAAGCAGAGGAGAGCUGAAGGUCAGGACCAUGAGCUUCGGCGAGUACUGAAGUGGCCAACUGGUGCACCGGCAAGAAAUUGUCCCCAAAGAUGGAUGGGUUUCCGUUUUCCCGGGGAACAAAUGAAAAGAUGAUUAUGGCAUAGCAAUAGCAGAGAGACGGUAUAUAUUAAACAGAAGUAGGCAUAAUUGGGUGGACUGACAUCAGAAUUUGAUUGGAGUAAGACGCAUGCUACACACACGAAUGACAUCAAAUAUGUAAUGUUCUAAUAAUGUUUAAAUACCGACUUAGCAAAU